ACCAUGAGAUCAUGACCUGAGUCGAAGUCGGAGGCUUAACUGACUGAGCCACCCAGGUGCCCCCCCCCCAAUUUUUUUUAAAAGAGAAACAAAAGUGGUAAAGCCCUGUUGAGUGUAAUCAAGAAAAAAGGAAGGGAACACUACCAGUAUCCAGGAAUGAAAGAGGGCUAUCCCUAUAGAUCAGACAGACAUCAGAAAGAGAAGGGAGAGAAUAUUAUGGAAAAAUGUACAUAAGAAAUUUGAAACCUUGACAUAUUCCUCGGGAGAAACAGCAAUUCAUAAAGGUGAUGCCAGAAAAAAAAAAAGAAAAGGUGACUAGCUCUGUAUCUAGUAAAUAAAUUAGUAUAGUAUCAAAAAAGUUUUUGGAAAAUCAAACAAAACAGGAGGAGAGGCAGAGGGGGCCACCAGUGUGAGGAGGAUGGGCUUGGCUGUGCGGUGGGAGGGGGGCGCUGUGUGCUCUGGACACACCCUUCACCCCUUUGCACUCACAGGCUGGGGCUCACGCUGCAACAGUCUGUGCCCCUCUCCAGUCAUUUCUCUCCACCCUCAGGUUGUGAGCAGUGGCGAUGGCACUGGCAAUGCUGCGUGACUGGUGCAGGUGGAUGGGCGUGAAUGAGCAGCGCUCGCUGCUCAUCCUGGGCAUUCCCGAUGACUGUGAAGACCAGGAAUUCCAGGAGGCCGUGCAGGCUGCCCUCCACCCCCUGGGCAGUUACCGAGUGCUGGGCAAGGUGUUCAGAAAGGAGUUCAGAUCCAAGGUCGCCUUGGUGGAGAUGGCUCAGUAUUUAAACCGAAGUGUGAUCCCCCGACAAAUACCAGGCAUGGGAGGACCCUGGACUGUGGUCUUUCUGCCCCAGGCCCCGGAAUCAGAGUCACAGGAUACACUCAAUUUCCUUGCACAGACCCAGAGGCAAGCAGGGGUUGCCCUGGCAGGCGAGGUAGGAGCUGGGGAUGGGGCAGGAGCUGGAGGCAAGGCAGCUUCUGGAGGCAAGGAAGGAGCUGGAGACUGGGCAGGAACUAGAGGCCAGGAAGGAGCUGGAGGCGGGGCAGCGGCUGGAGGUGAGGAAGGAGGCCAUGCAGAAGCUGGAGGCCAGGAAGGAGUUGGAGGCGGGGCAGCAGCUGGAGGCGGGGCAGGAACUAGAGGCCAGGAAGGAGCUGGAGGCUGGGCAGCAGCUGGAGGUGAGGAAGGAGGCCAGGUAGAAGCUGGAGGCCAGGCAGGAGGUGAGGCAAGAUCUGGAGGCGGGGCAGGAGCUGGAGGUGAGGAAGGAACUGGAGGCAAGGCAGCAGCUGGAGCCAAGGCAGGAGCUGGAGGCCGGGCAGCUUCUGGAGGCGGGGCAGCGGCUGGAGGCAAGGAAGGAGCUGGAGGCGGGGCAGCAGCUGGAGGCGGGGCAGCAGCUGGAGGUGAGGAAGGAACUGGAGGCGAGGAAGUGGCUGGAGGCGAGGAAGGAGCUGGAGGCAGGGCAGCCGCUGUGGGCCAGGCAGGGCCUGAAGAGGAAGCAGGAGAGUCAGAUGAGGAGGGAGCCGCUGGGGACGCAGGAAUUGCAGGUUUGUUAGGAUCUGUGAGUGUGGCAGGAGCUGCAGGUGAGGCGGGACCUGCAGGUGAGGAAGGAGCUGUGGCUGUGGCAGGAGCCAUAGGUGCGGGAAGAUCCUGGACCCAGCCUUGGAGCCCGGCCUGGCAGCCUGUGCUGGAAAACAGGGCCUCUAUGAAACUGAGAACCUUUCCUGGAAUGGAAGAGCCACACCGAGAAGAAGAGCCCUUUGAGAGCUGGCUGGAUCACGCCAGCGACAUGCUGUACCUGUGGUGCCACGUCACAGAGAGGGAGAGGAGGAGGAGGCUGGUGGAGAGCUUGGGUGGCCCCGCACUGGAUCUCGUGUGCGGCCUCCUGGCAGAAAACCCUGACGUCCCUGCACAGGAUUGCCUGGCCGCGCUGGUCCAGGUGUUUGGGAGGAAGGACACCCCCACGACCGCACGGCUGAAGUUCCUGACCUGUGGCCAGCGGCCCCAGGAGACUCUCUUUGUCUAUGUGAUUCGCCUGGAAGCCCUGCUGCAGUCGGCCGUGGAGAAGGGGGCCAUCCAUCCCAACCUUGCGGACCAGUUACGCACCCGGCAGGUGCUGAUGUGGGCCCGCCCCAACGAGAUGCUCGAUAACAAGCUGAGGAGGAUGCAGCUGGACAGGAGACCACCUGGCUUCCUGGGGAUGCUGCGGCUCAUUCAGGAGACCGAGGCAUGGGAGGCCACCGCAGCUAGGAGUGAGCACUUGCAAGUGGAAGAGGGGGCCCGUGUGGGCACCGGAGGCCUGGCCGCUGCCCGGGCCAGUGGAGAGGUUGCGGAAGCCUCCCCAGCCAGGGAAGGUGCUUCCCAGGCUGCCCUGGCCAACCUAGGGGCCAGUGAGGCCGUUCCUGGCAGUGCCGAAGCUGAUACGGCUGCUCCUGAAGCCCAUGAUGCCGCCAGGGCAGCCCUCGUCCCUGAGGAGGCCCCCAAGAUCUUCCCUGCCACGCAGGAAGAUGAAAAUGCUCCCGCCUCUACGGGCCUAGAUCAGGCAAGGCCCUCAGAGGCCCCUGGGGGCCCCACCCCUGCCCAGAUGGGCAGCGCUUCCAAGGAGGGCCCGGGAGGUCCUGGCUGUGAGCCGGAGGGCCUCGCCCAGGCAGGAGACCAGGAGGCUGGGGAGCCCCUGGAGGAGGGGCCCAAGCCCAUCCCAGAGGAGUCGGGAAACGAGGACGGGGCUGGGGAGGUGAGGCCCCCCAAGUCCUCCUCGGGCAAAUAGGCUCAGACGGCCCAGGGGCCCCCUCUCCUCUCAGGCAGCAGCGCUCUGGAGGCAGGGGGAGGCCACGCCGGGGCAGCAGCCUCUCCCCACAUGGAGGCAACAACCCACCCAGCCCAAAUUCCCAGGACCCCAUCUUCCCAAGGCACCCUGGCCACCACCAUCAGCCCUUCCAACGGACCAGGAUGACCAUACUUGAUGCAGAGUGGGGCAGGGAGAGGUGCCCCCUCCCAUGGCAGCUCCA